AUGGAGGCAGAAGACAUAGCGAAGGCUGGAGACAGAGAACAGGAUCCAGGUUCUCACAGUGAUGACCGGCCUGAUACCCUGCAGCCUGAUUUCCCAAGUGAAGGGCAAUCCCUUGGCCCCGAUGCUCUCUGGGAGGUGCUAGAAAGGAAGUUUCUGAAACACAAGCAGGUGGCUUUCAGGACCCCGGAUGAAUGUCAGAAGAACCUGCUGAGUCUUCUUCCUUUGUUCUUAAAGGCCUGGGAGCACUCUGUGGGGAUUAUCUGUUUCCCCAGUAUCCAAGUGCUGGCAGAGGAUGUGUCCAACCAGCUUGCCUAUGAGAUACAGAAGGCUCUUGCUGGAAAGCCUGCAGAGCAAGCACGGGUAAUGGCUGGACAAUUGCUACGAUGGAAGGGGGAUGAAGACCAGGGUGGCUACCUGCUCCUGAAGUCAGUGUAUGUACUCACAGGGACGGACUCGGAGACAUUGGGCCGAGUUGCCGAAUCUGGUCUCCCAGCCCUCCUUCUACAGUGCCUUUACCUCUUCUUUAUCUUCCCUCUGGAAAAAGAUGAGCUUCUGGAGAGCAACUUUCAGGUUCAGAGGAUGUUUGUGCAGAUGUUGCUCAACAUUUGCAGUGAUUCUCAGGGUCUAGAAGGACUUGUCUCAGGAACUGAACUCCAGUCUCUACUGAUUGCCACAACCUGUCUUCAAGAGAACAGCUGCUGCUUUUGGAAAGAGCCCACCUUCUGUGUGCUGAGAGCCAUCUCCAAGGCCCAGAACCUCAGUGUCAUCCGGUACCUACAGGCCAUGGAUUGUGUUAAGAUUUCCCUACAGAACCUCUCCAGGCUUGCAGACACGAACCUGGCUCCAGAGCUGAGCGAGUCUGUGGGCCUCAUCUUGGGCUUCGUGAAGGAUUCUUACCCCAUCUCUUCCGCUUUGCUCCUGGAGUUCGAGAAUGGGGAGGGCUACCCUCUGCUGCUUAAAGUGCUGCUUCGGUAUGAUGGGCUGUCCCAGAGUGAAGUGGACCCCCACCUAGAGGAGCUCUUCAGGCUGGUGAUGUGGCUGACAACCUGUGGAAAGUCAGAGCUGAAGGUGUUUGACAGCAUCACUUACCCUCAACGUGAAGGCUUCAAGUUCCAUGACGAAGCUUCUGGAGCAACUGUUAAGAAUCUUCAGGCCUUCCAAGUCCUGCAAAAUGUCUUCCACAAAGCCAGAAACCCCAUCCUCUGCUCACAAGUCUUAUCAGCCAUCAGAACCAUGUGGACCUGGAAUGCACGCAACUUCUUCCUGCUGGAAUGGACCCUGCAGCCUAUCUCACAGUUUGUGGAGCUCUUGCACCUGAAACCGACCUCAGUGCAAACACAGUUCUUCCAGCUACUGGAGGCACUGGUGUUUGAGCUAUACUAUGUGCCACAUGAAAUCCUGAGGAAGGUUCAGCACCUGAUCAAGGAGAGCCCUGAGUCCUCCUGUACACUUGCUGCCCUGCAGAGCAUCCAUAAGAUCACAAGUGGGGACCCAUUCUUCACUGAUAUCUUCCAGGACUCAGGGCUCCUGGGCCUGCUGCUGGCCCAGCUGCGGAAGCGAGCCAAGAUCAUGAGGAAGUCAGGAAACAGAGCGUCCACCCCUGACAUUCAGGAUCCAGAAAGAGAACUCACCUGCUUGAUGCUAAGGACUGUGGCCACACUUCUUGAAGGUUCUGUUCGGAAUGCAGUUGUCCUGAAAGACCAUGGCAUGGUGCCUUUUAUCAAGAUCUUCCUGGACGAUGAGUGCUACCGUGAAGCCUCGCUCAGCAUCCUGGAAAAGCUCUCGGUCAUCAAUGCAGAGGAGUACAUGAGCAUCAUCGUGGGUGCCUUGUGCUCAUCCACGCAAGGGGAACUGCAGCUGAAACUGGAUCUUUUGAAGUCUCUAAUCCAGAUCCUGCAAACCCCCAAGGGCCGUGCUGCUUUCAGAGUUUCCAGUGGAUUCAAUGGGCUGCUGUCUUUGCUCUCUGAUCUGGAGGGAUCUCUCCAAGAACCCCCACUGAAGAUGUCAGGUCCAGUUUCCCCCAGUCAGACUCUGAACCUGGUCUUCCACACCUUCUGUGCUCUGUCUGCAGCAUUGAACCUGGACCCUGUCAACAGUGACUUCUUCCAGAGGAAUAGGUUGUGUGAGAAGCUGGCCGAGGAUCUCUACAGGAUGGGCUGUUUUGGUAUCAUGGAGGAAGAAGGAGAACCACUGCAAUCCUGGACAGACAAAAAGCCCAGGACGUUUGCUGAUUUGCAGAGUGCUGCCUUUUCCUCCACCAGCCCAUUACCAUCCAGGUUACAGAACUGCCUCCAGAUCCUCAGCUUUUUGGACAGCAUGGCCAGCAGCACCCUUCACCUACAAAGGGACCUGACCAAGUCUCUGAGGGCCAGCCCAGGGCCAGUUGUGGAUGCUCAGACAGAAGAAGCCAACAAUAACCCUAAAAGCAGCUUCCAGCAGUGGCCAGACCUGGAGGAAAGGACAGAAGAAGGUGAUAUUGCAAUCAUGCACCCUGGGAUGGUGUGUAUUAUGGUGAGAUUGCUGCCCAGGUUGUACCAUGAAGAUCACCCACAGCUUUCCAUGGAGAUCCAGUACUCCCUGGCCAACCACCUGCAGGCCUUAGUGAAGUCAGAGAAGAACCGCCAGGUCAUGUGUGAGGCGGGCAUGCUCAGCACCCUCAUGACCACCUGCCACAAGGCCCUGGUCACCAGCAGCCACCCCUUGCACCUGGGGCUCAUCAGGAUUUUCGAGAAGCUUGCCUCCCAAGCCAUCACACCUGAUGUACUAAGACAGUUCCUGGGCCUUGGAAUCCCCCAAUUUGCACCAGCUGCCACAAAAAUUCUCAAUCCAUCCAGUGUGCAUGGAGGCAACUCUGGAUGCUCAAGGUCUGAGGCAGCAGCACUUGGUGAUGCCGAGGGUCCCAUGGAUGCUGGCCCUGGAGUCUCACAGGCCCUCAGGCCCUUGGGGUUGUCCCAUAGCUCAGCAGCUGCCCUCCAGAUGGUGCUGAGCCUCAUCUCCAUGACCUCCCCUCGGAACCUGCAGCCUCAGAGGGCAGUCCUAGCUCCAUCGUUUGUGGAAUUUGACAUGUCCACAGAAGGCUAUGGCUGCCUGUACAUUCCUACCCUGUCUACGGUUAUGGGCUCCAGCACUGAGUACUCAGUCUCUGGAGGAAUUGGGACAGGUGUUGCCAGAUCCUUCCCUCCCCCUGGGGGCCUGACCUUCUCUUGUUGGUUCCUGAUCAGCCAGCAUGGUGCUACCUUUGGCGGCCACCCACUCCGCUUCCUCACACUGGUGCGCCACCUUUCCAGGACAGAGCAGCCCUUUGUCUGCUUCUCCAUCAGCCUCUGCCCUGACGACCUCUCCUUGGUGGUGUCCACAGAAGAGAAAGAGUUCCAGUCUCUGGAUGCUAUGGAGCCUGAGGAUGUUGCUGAGCCUUCUGCAGGACGCCAACUCCAGGUCAGAUGUGGGCAACUGCUGGCUUGUGGUCAGUGGCAUCAUCUGGCUGUGGUGGUCACCAAGGAGAUGAAAAAGAAUUGCACUGUUUCCACCUAUCUGGAUGCACAGAUCAUUGGCUCAGCCAAGAUGCUGUAUAUUCAGACCCUACCAGGACCUUUUCUUUCAAUGGAUCCAUCUUCAUUUGUGGAUGUGUAUGGGUAUAUUGCUACUCCUCGAAUUUGGAAACAAAAAUCAUCAUUGAUCUGGCGUCUUGGCCCUACAUACCUCUUUGAAGAAGCCAUCUCAGUGAAAACUCUGGAAGUUAUUAACAAACUUGGCCCAAGAUACUGUGGUAACUUCCAAGCUGUCCAUACCCAUGGUGAGUACUCUGAUGGUGAAGCUAUACCUCUUGUUGUGGAGGAGAAGGUUUCCUUUGGACUUCACAUAGCCAGCUCAUCCAUCACCAGUGUGGCAGACAUAAGACACACUUACAACGAGGUAGACAGCCGCCUGAUAGCCAAAGAGAUGAACAUUUCAUCUCGUGACAGUGCCACACCUGUGUUCUUGCUAAGAAAUUGUGCUGGUCACCUCUUGGGCUCUCUUCGAACCAUUGGAGCAGCUGCUGUGGGCCACUUAGGGGUGAGGGUGUUCCACUCCAGCCCUGCGGCCAGCAGCCUGGACUUCAUUGGAGGACCUGCCAUCCUCUUGGGCCUAAUGUCCUUAGCAACAGAUGACCAUACCAUGUAUGCAGCUGUGAAAGUCUUGCACUCCGUCCUGACCAGCAAUGCCAUGUGUGACCGCCUGAUGAACCACAUCUCUGGGUACCAGAUAAUGGCAUUUCUGCUGAGAAAAAAGACUUCAUUCUUAAACCAUAGAAUUUUUCAGCUAAUCCUCUCAAUAGCUGGCACUGCAGAACUGGGCUUCGGGUCAUCUGCUAUCAUCAACAUUGGUGUCUUCCAGCACGUCCUCUGCAAUUUUGAGCUCUGGAUGAAGACUGCAGAUAAUCUGGACCUCGCCCUCUUUUCCCAUCUUGUUGAAAUCUUUCAUUCUCCAAGGGAAGGACCCAGGAAUGCUAAAGUUGCCCAUCAAGCACAGCUUAUACCCAAGCUCAUCUUCCUCUUCAAUGAGCCGAACCUCACCCCCUCCAAGAUCCCUACCAUCAUUGCUAUCCUGGGCCACCAGCUGAGGGGCCACUUCAGCAUCCAAGACUUGCUCAGGGUUGCGCUGUUUGUUGUGUAUACUCUCAAGCCUUCAUCAGUGAGUGAGAGGCAGAUGUGCAUGGAUGGAGUCCUGGACCUCUCCGCACCUGCUGGAAGCCAAACAUCUGGAAAGACAAUCUGGCUCAGAAACCAGUUGCUGGAGAUGCUACUCAGUGUAAUAUCUUCUCACCACCUUCAUCUGUCCUCUGAAUUAAAGGAAGAAAUGUUUCUGAACCUGGGGCCAGACUGGUUCCUGCUUCUCAUGCAGGGCCACCUGCAUCCUAGCACCACUGUGCUGGGGCUGAAGCUGCUGCUGCACUUUUUGUCAAACCCAGACCUCCGGGGGCGAUUUAAAGAAGGCAUGUCUGCAGGAUCCUGGGUGGAAAAUAGCACUCUGGGUGUGGAUGUCAUAAUGGACAACCUGAAGUGUCCCCCUGCCAUGCCUGAGCAGAGCCCCUGCCUGCUUCCUGGGUUUCGAGUUUUGAAUGACUUUCUGGCCCACCAUGUUCAUAUUGCUGAAGUCUACCUCAUCGUGUCCACCUUCUUCCUGCAAACUCCACUCACAGAGCUGACUGACAAGCCCAAAGAUAACCUUGAAGGGAUGUUUCAGUGGCUUCUGCAGAAACACCACAAGGAAGAGGUUCUCCGGGCUGGGCUGUGCAUGGAAGGUGCCUUACUGCUUCUGGAAAUGCUUAAAGCUACCAUAAACCAGCCCUUGGCAGGUUCUGAAGACAGCACCUGGGAACAGUCGUUUCCAGCCAGUAUGCUGCAGUUCCUGGGCCUUGUCCACCGUGCAUACCCCCAGGACCCCAUGUGGCAUGCUCCAGAGUUUCUCCAGACCUUGGCCACAGUCACCUUCCCUCUGGGAACCCAAAAGGGGGGCAUGGCUGAGUCCACCUGGAAUGCCAGCAGUCCUAGGACCAUGGCUGAAGAUUACAGCACUGAAGAGGAUCUCCAGGCCCCUGCCAAGUUGCAUCCUGCUCGGAAGCAGCUGAGAGAGUUUACACAGCUCCUCUUGAGGGAGCUGCUGAAGGUGGCUUCCUCCUCCAAGCAGUGGUUGCCACUGGAGGUGCUCCUGGAGGCUUCUCCAGACAAUGGCACUCGUCAACAGAAGCGAGACUUCCAGUCUGAGGUCCUGCUGUCUACCAUGGAGAUAUUUCAUGUUAUGAGUGAAGGAAAUGCACCGAUCCUGGGAGGCAAUAAGGAUCCCCAGCCAAAUGUAGAAGUUGCUGCUGCUCCAUCCUUCACCAACAUCUCCUACUUCACCCAGAAGCUGGUGGAGAAGCUGCAGAGUGGAAUGUUCACAGCUGACCCCAGACACAUCCUUCUGUUCAUCACAGAGCACAUCAUGCUAGUCAUCGAGAAUGCCUCUUCUCAAAGGGAAGCCGUCCUCAGCGCUUUGUACAGCAGUUUGAAUAAAGUCAUCCUGUAUUGCCUUUCCAAGCCCUGGCAGUCCCUCUCUGAAUGCCUCAGCCUUCUCAGCAGCCUGAACUUUCUGCAGGAGCACUGGGACAUUGUCUUUGCCACCUACAAUUCAAACAUCAGCUUCCUCCUGUGUCUCAUGCACUGCUUUUUGCUGCUCAAUACAAGAAGCUAUCCAGAAGGAUUUGGAUUGGAACCCAAGCCUAGAAUGACUCCUUAUCAUCAAGUCUUUCUUUCCCCAAAUGAAGAAGUGAGAGAAAAAAGAGGAGAAGAUUACUCAAGUUUGACUGAUGUCCAGCACAACAUUCAGAGGAUAGUGCGGACUCUCUGGCAGCAACUUGUGGCACAGAGACGGCAGGCACUGGAGGAUGCCUUCAAGAUUGAUCUCUCCGUGAAAACUGGAGAGAGUGAAGUGAAGAUUGAAGAAGUCACCCCACUCUGGGAGGAGACCAUGCUCAAGGCUUGGCAGAAUUACUUAGCAUCUGAGAAGAAGAUGCUGGCCAGUCGCUCAAAUGUCACCCACCACAGCAAAGUUACUUCGUGGAGUGGGAGCCUGUCUUCAGCCAUGAGACUGAUGCCCAGCCGGCUGACCAAGGACCCUGAGUGCAAGGCAGAGGAUUUUGUGUCAUGUAUAGAGAACAACAGAAGAAAAGGACAAGAGCUGUAUGCAUCUUUAUACAAAGAUCAUGUGCAAAGGCAGAGAUGUGGCCAUAUCAAGGCAGCCAGUGCCUGGGCCAGGAUCAAGGAGCAGCUCUUUGGGGAGCUAGGCUUAUGGGGCCAGAUGGUGGGAGCUGCACCUUGCUCUCAGUGGGAGCUGGACUGGAGAGAAGGACCUGCUCGCAUGAAGAGAAGAAUCAGACGCUUGUCUCCACUGGAGGCCCUGAGUCAAGCAGCCCACAAGGAGAACCAAGGAAGAAAUGAUAUUUCUCAAACAAAUGCUGGAAACCAAGAUGAACUGACACCAAAGGAAGUCGAGAACGAGAGAGACGAAGUGGCAGUGGACUGCACACAGCUGACAUUCUUCCCUGCCUUACAUGAAAGUCUGCACUCGGAAGACUUCUUAGAACUGUGUAGGGAGAGACAAGUUGUUUUGCAGGAGCUUCUUGAUCAAGAAAAGGUGUCACUAAAGUACUCCCUGGUGAUUGUGCGAGGGCAUCUGGUCUUGGAAGGGGUCCUUCUCUUUGGCCGCCAACACUUCUAUAUCUGCGAGAACUUCACACUGUCUCCUGUGGGCGAUGUCUACUGCACCCGCCACUGCUUGUCCAACAUCAGCGAUCAGUUCAUUUUCAACAUGUGCAGCAAAGACAGGUCCUGUGACCAUUACUCAUGCCAGCGCCACAGAUACGCAGACAUCAGAGAGAUCCACCGGACACGCUUUCUUCUGCAGGACAUUGCCCUGGAAAUCUUUUUCCAAAAUGGAUAUUCCAAGUUUCUUGUCUUCUACAACAAUGAUCGGAGUAAGGCUUUCAAAAGCUUCUGUUCUUUCCAACCUGGCUUGAAGGGGAAGGGAAUCACAGAGGAAUCCCUCAACAUAAGGAAACACCCCGGCUCGGACAGAACCAUGCUGCAGAGGUGGCAGAAAAGGGAAAUCAGCAAUUUUGAGUAUCUCAUGUACCUCAACACACUGGCUGGAAGGACCUAUAACGAUUACAUGCAGUAUCCAGUGUAUCCCUGGGUUCUUGCUGACUACACCUCAGAGACGUUGAACUUGACAAACCCCAAGACUUUCCGGGAUCUUUCAAAGCCCAUGGGUGCUCAGACCAAGGAAAGAAAGCUGAAAUUCACACAGAGGUUUAAAGAAGUUGAGAAGACAGAAGGAGACCUGACCUUCCAGUGCCACUACUAUACUCACUACUCCUCUGCCAUCAUUGUUGCCUCCUACCUGGUCCGGAUGCCACCCUUCACCCAGGCCUUCUGUUCUCUGCAGGGUGGAAGCUUUGAUGUGGCAGAUAGAAUGUUCCAUAGUGUGAAAAAUGCAUGGGAGUCUGCCUCCAGAGAGAACAUGAGUGACGUCAGGGAACUGACCCCAGAGUUCUUCUACCUGCCUGAGUUCCUAACAAACUGUAAUGCAGUGGAGUUUGGCUGCAUGCAGGAUGGGACAGUGCUAGGGGAUGUGCAGCUCCCUCCCUGGGCUGAUGGAGACCCUCGGAAAUUCAUCAGCCUGCAUAGACAGGCUCUGGAAAGUGACUUUGUCAGUGCCAACCUUCACCACUGGAUAGACCUCAUUUUUGGAUACAAGCAGCAAGGCCCAGCUGCAGUGGACGCUGUUAACACCUUCCACCCCUACUUCUAUGGUGAAAAGAUGGACCUCAGCAGCAUUGGAGAUCCUCUGAUCAAGAGCACAAUCCUGGGCUUUAUUAGCAACUUUGGACAAGUGCCCAAACAGCUCUUCACCAAACCCCACCCAACCAGGACUGCCAUAGGAAAGCCAUCACCUGGAAAAGAUGUGAAUACACCCACAAGCCUUCUGGGCCAUCCCCAGCCAUUUUUCUACAGCCUACAGUCUCUGAAGCCCUUCCCAGUGACAGUCAAAGAUAUGUACCUCUUCUCUUUAGGCUCAGAAUCCCCCAAGGGAGCCAUUGGCCACAUCAUCUCUACUGAGAAGACCAUCCUGGCUGUAGAGAAGAACAAGGUGCUGAUGCCUAACCUCUGGAACAGGACCUUCAGUUGGGGCUUUGAUGACUUCAGUUGCUGCCUGGGUACCUAUGGCUCUGACAAGGUCCUGAUGAAGUUUGAGAACCUGGCUGUGUGGGGCCGCUGCCUGUGUGCUGUGUGCCCAUCUGCCACGAUGGUCGUCACCUCAGGAACCAGCACUGUGGUGUGUGUGUGGGAGCUCUGCAUGGUCAAAGGCCAGGCCAAAGGCUUGCGCCUUAGGCAGGCCUUGUAUGGGCACACAAAGGCUGUUACAUGCCUGGCAGUGUCGAUCACCUUUAGCCUCCUGGUGAGCGGCUCCCAGGACUGUACUUGCAUCUUGUGGGACUUGGACCACCUCACACAUGUAGCCCGCCUGCCUGCUCACCGGGAGGGCAUCUCUGCCAUAGCCAUCAGUGACAUCUCGGGCACCAUUGUCUCCUGUGCUGGAGCCCACAUGUCCCUAUGGACAGUCAAUGGACAACCCCUGGCCAGCAUUGCCACAGCCUGGGGCCCAGAAGGAGCCAUAACCUGCUGCUGUGUAAUGGAGGGACCAGCAUGGGAUACAAGCCAUGUCAUCAUCACGGGGAGUCAGAAUGGCAUGGUCCGGAUUUGGAAGACUGAGGAUGUGAAGAUGUCUGCUUCUGGGCACACGGUGGCAGAGGACUCCUCAGCUCAGCCUUCAAGCCCAAAAGGUCACAAGUGGGAGAAGAAUCUGGCCCUGUGCCGAGAGCUGGAUGUCAGUGUUGCUUUGACGGGGAAGCCCAGUAAGACUAGCCCUGCAGUGACAGCUCUGUCUGUGUCCAGAAACCAAACCAAACUCCUGGUUGGUGAUGAGAAGGGGAGAAUCUUCUGCUGGUCUGCAGAUGGGUAG